AUGGAAAAGGUAACUUCGACAACUCAAAGAUUCUCACGCAAGGUGGGCGAUGCAAUCCAAGAAGGAACCGACCGCUCUUCCCAUGUGCAUACGAAGAAUCUGUUCGACGUUCAAGGGCGAGUCGCACUCGUAACAGGCGGCGGUUCUGGCAUCGGUUUGAUGGCCACCCAGGCUCUAGCAAUGCAUGGGGCUAAAGUAUACAUCGUUGGCCGUAGUCAGGAAAAACUAGACAAGGUUGUGGAGACUUACGGCAAAACCAUCCCCGGGGAGAUUAUAGCAUUGAACUACGACGUCUCUCGGAAGGAUCAGAUCGACGCACUCUAUCAGGACUUCAGCUCUCGCGAAAAGUGUCUCUGUAUCCUCAUCAACAAUGCCGGAAUUGGGUCUAAUACCUUUGAGACCAAAGCCUCCACGCCAGAGGAAAUGAAGCAAAAUUUGUUCCUUAGUCCAAACGCGACGUUCGAAGAGUGGACAUCUGUUUAUCAAAGUCUAGUUCCACAACUAUAUUUUAUGACGACAGCCUUUCUGCCAUUGCUCGCUCACUCUACUGAACGCCACCUAGGCUACUCCGGGACGGUAAUCAAUAUCGCAUCAGCCUCAGGCAUGAUUAAAAGCGCUCAGCACCAUUUUGCGUACAGCACAGCGAAGGCUGCAACCAUCCACCUUAGCCGCCUCCUUUCAAGCGAAAUCGCGGAUAACGGGUUCAAGAUCCGGGUCAACAGUAUUUCGCCGGGAGUAUUCCCAUCCGAAUUGACGACCGGGGGAAGUGACGAUACUCAGAAGAGCCACCUGAGCAAGGAGACUUUUGAGGGAAGGAUUCCUGCAGGAAGACCGGGAAAGGAUGAAGACAUUGCCAGCACCAUAUUAUUCUGCGCAGCCAACCAGUAUCUGAAUGGGCAGAACGUGGUAAUCGAUGGAGGGUACACACUUGCUGCUGGGAUGUAA